AUGUCCAACCUCUUUCCAGCGACGAGCUUCUCAGACAGCUCGCCCCAGAGUCUAGACGCAGGAAACCAGAUGUUAUGGACCCCGGAUCAUUCCCCAAUCCCAACAGCGUCCGCUGCUGAGGUCGAGUUCUCGCGUAAUGACAAUGAUGUGGGUAACAACAAGAAGAAGUCGGGGCGAAAGGGGCAUACAAAAUCUAGAAAAGGAUGUUUCAAUUGCAAAAGAGCUCGGAUUAAAUGCAAAGAAAACCGCCCCUCAUGUGACUAUUGUGCGCACCGAGGCCUCCGGUGUGAAUGGCCCGAUAUGCAGGUCCAAAUGAACAUGAACCAGGCCAGGUCAACUGUGCGGGAUACAGCUGCCCUUGUGUCCUACUCUCAAUCGUCCUCCUCCCCUUCGUCCUCAUCCUACUGUUCUCCCUCCUCCCUGGUGCCGCUACAAGUACACGGCGGUUCCCCGGUCCUCAACAUGAGGGAUUUUAGAUUUUUCCAUCACUUCAUCGAGUCAGCCUAUCCACAUCACCCCAUUGGGAAUGAUUCUGUUUGGAAGCAUGAGAUUCCUAUUAUUGCUUCAGAUGUACCUAUCCUUUCUUUCCCCCGUAUAUUUUACUAUGACUAUCUCCUCCACUCCAUGCUCGCCCUCGGCGCCUCAGACCUCGCGGACCACGAGACCGACCCCUCUAAGGCCAGCGAACUGAAGUGUGCCGCAAUGUCCCACCGUGUGCAAGCCAUCAGCUCUCUCAACGCCGGGAUUUCCGCCGGGCUGACGCGUUUUGAGCAGGGAAACGCCAUGCUUGCAACUUGCUUCGCGCUCCUCUUCCAGUCGGUGCUCCUCAGCGAUGGCUUAGCAGAGUACAUGACUUUCAUCCGAGGCACUGUUGCCGUUGGGAUCCAGAUGGGGAUGAAGGGUAUGCAUGUACUUUUUGACCGGCUGUUUCAUGGUCGGGAAAUGGAAAUUGUUGAUCCCUUAAUUACAAAGGCGCCGCUUAUUACGCCGCACUUAGCCAGAGCUGCGAUACGGAGUUUGGAGAAGGUUGGGCCAUUGUGUAAGAGCGUGGUCGAGGUUAAGCUCUAUGGCAUGUUACUUACUACGGCGCGGGCGCUGGUUACUUCUUCCCGGGACGCAUAUUUGGAACUCGGCAAGAUCUACGGCGCUUUUUCCUAUUACAUGCCACACAGUGAAUUCGCGGAACUAAUCAACCCCUCAAACCUCGUCUGCCAAGUUCUACAAGCACACUUUGUCGCUUUGCAGCUUACCAUGACGCCAAUCACGAGUCAGGAGUGGGCGGGAAGAGAGUCGAGUAAGGGAGGCGGUGGAGACACCCUUAGGUGGUUUACCGUGCUGCACCGGAAUGUGCCGGACGAGAUGAUGAAAUAUUAUGAAUGGACAAUGUGGGUAGAGAGUGAGGUUAGCGCUGGGAGGAUCUUUAACGGGGUUGUGGCGAUUGACGAGAGUAUGGAAGAGCUGCAUAUUAUAGGCGAGUGA